AUGAGUGACGAGCACCAUAAUGGCUUCGCACAGCCUUUUUUCAUUGUCACCUGGGUCGAAUUCGGCCUGGCAGUUUUGUUCAUGGGCGCGAGAUGCUUUGCUGCCUCGAAGCUGGUCCAUAAUAUAGCCAAGGACAUAUAUCUGGCGGCAGCCACGUUUGUUCUUGGGGCCGCGAGUAUGGCAAUGCUCACUGUGGGAGCUACAUACGGACUGGGACUGUCUCAGGACCUGUUAAGUUAUAAUGACAGCAAGAUGUCACUGCUAUAUGGCUGGCUAAAUCAGCUCCUAGCUCUCGUUGCGAUCGGUCUGGGGAAAGUUACCAUUGUUGCUUUUCUCCAGCAGAUUCAGGGUUACCAUACGAAGACUAGAUCGGUGUUCUUAUGGUCUCUGGCUGUCAGCAAUUUAGUAUUGAAUUGUAUUGCAGGGGUCUUGAUGAUUCUCCAGUGCUCGCCAGCGAGAAUGCUCUGGGAGGACUACGCCAAGGAGAACUGUCCAUAUCGCAUGCGCAUCCAAAUAUUCGGCUAUGUGCAAGGCACGUGGUCUGCCGCCUGCGACUUCAUCCUUGCUUUAUACCCGGUUACAAUACUUGCGCGGGUGCAGGCAUUCUCUGUGACAACUCGGGUUGGCCUUUGUAUAUUGAUGGGUUGUGGUAUAAUAGCAGGAGCUUGUGCGAUCGUGAAGACAGUUCAGUUGACCGUCUUGACAAGGAUCAAGGAUCCGAGCCAGCAACUGGGAACUGUCAUCGUAUGGAACCAAACAGAAAUGUGGGUUGUAUUCAUUGUUAGCUGCAUACCACCGACCAAAGUAUUUUUCACGCAUAUCUAUCGCAGGGGCUCUGUCCAUCUGGGGUCGGUGGUCGACCAUAUCCGUUCCUGGGAGGAAAAUGAGGUGCAUCCCCGCGUUCCCUGCGUCUGA